CAAAUUGUUUAAAUAUAUAUAUUAUGUAGAUUUGACAUCUAAAGAAUGGAAAUUUAAAGUAAAACAGCCACUUAGUGCAGACAUUAAGUUAAUUUGCUCGUCAACCUUAUCUUCUCAAAGAAUCCAAACACCGUGUAAUCCUCUCCAUUGGGCGCUGGGCGCCGGCCCUGUUCCUAUUGGUUGAAUUGAUCGCCGCCGAGCUCUGAUUGGAUGAGCUAAUGGGUUGGGCGGCACCAAGUUAGGAUAACGAAGUUUUGGCGAAGAUUUAAUCAUAUAGUAAUCCUGUAAGCUCGGAGAGAGGAGGACAACUUAAAUCUGGAGAAACAGUAGCAAACCAAAACAAACCAAACAAAAACAGUUUUUAGAAAAUGUUCUACUACCACAACCCAUUGAGUUUUACUGGACCUGGAGCAAGAUUACCUUCACUUGAACUACCCUUCUCCACUACCCAACCUUACCCUGCUAUGAGUUACCACUCAGAACUACAUGACGAGGCGUUCCUACGACGUAAACAGAGACGGAACAGGACUACUUUUUCUCUGCAACAGCUGGAAGAACUGGAGACUGCUUUUGCACAGACUCACUACCCUGAUGUGUUCACAAGAGAAGAUCUUGCGAUGAAGAUCGGACUAACAGAAGCCAGAGUUCAGGUUUGGUUCCAAAACCGUAGAGCAAAAUGGAGAAAAACUGAGAGAUUGAAGGAAAAACAUAGAAAAAGGGAAGGAGGAGAAGGCGGAGAAGGAGGAGAAGGAGGAGAAAUGAUGAAGGAGGAGGAGGAGGGGGAGGAGGAGGGAGAUGUCAAUGUUGACGACGACGACAAUAAUAACAACAAGGAAGAUGAAAACACGACAAUUACUCCUUGUGAAACCAGCAGUCCUCGGCCCCCCACCGGAAUCUUUUCAAUGGAAUCUCUGAUGAAACCUUCAGUUACAUCAUCUAGUCUAAUGUUCAGCAAUAUUAGGUCCUCUUCAACUCUCUCACUUACACCCAGGUUUCCUUCCCAUCCUCUUACCCAGCACAAUCCCUUUAUUCUUCCUUACCUUCGCAGUCUACCUGGUGCUAGCUGGUUAACUGGAGGGAAAAGCUGUCUUCCAGGUGUACAGUGUACCUGUUGUAGUGAGGCUGCUAAAGAUCUGUUCUCAACUAGUGUAGCAGAACUAAGAAGGAAGGCACAGGAACAUUCUGCCUCACUUCUUCAACAGCUAUCAGAGACAAGAGAGAACAGAGAUCUUGUAGAUUAAUAUUAUCAUUUAUUCAUUUAUUUAUUUAUUAUUUAUUUAUUUAUUUAUUUAUUUAUUUUGCAUAAAGUUGGAUAUGUUGCGAAUUUUCCAUAAAACUAGACCAGACAUUCUUAUACUGGUUCCGAUCCUGCAAUGAUUGGGCUAACGUGAGCAGACCUGUUUUAUUUCGAUAUUGUAACGCCCUGCACACUAGCCAGCCUAUGCAUCAUGUACACAAAACAUGCUGGGGUCCCAUCACACCCUGACCAUUCCUUGCAUAAUCCGAACCCGUAGAAGGAUUUACCAGUAACAGUACAAUCGAACUGUAUUUGCUCGUACCGGGCGGUCUAGUUCACCUAGUGAAAUGAUCCCAGUGUGUUUUAUGCUCAACAUGUAGACUGGUUUGAUUGAAUUGAACUCCAAAAAGGAAAGGAGAGAAAAAUUGUCAAAUUCGAACUGUUAAAUCUACGCUAUGUGU